CUGUAGUAAGGCACUGACCACAUUACUAUGUGCAAACACAGGGUUCACUCAAGUGGUACUAAAAAGAGAAGAGGUGGGGCAAGCAGAGCUUUAAAAAGAAAAGGGGAGUCCAUCCAAGUCUGGAUGUAAAAAACAACUGCGUUUCGGAGAGGGACGGUACCUGGAGAUUUUUCUCCCUGCACUCCACUGAGAGCUGUGCUGAAGUGUUUUCUGAAUUCUCUGCUUUAAAGAUUUAAACAGCAGCUUUAUUGCAAGGAAAUUUGAAGAGAUCCUUGUGAGCAUGGCUUUUGAGCUGUGUUAAAUUUGUGGCAAGAGUGUCAGGCAUUUCAUACUUGGCUUCCAAAACAGAGAAAAAAAAAAAGAAACGAAAGAGAGAGAGAAAAAAAAGCCCUGAUGUGUGUGGAGAAGAAAUCUCCCAGGAAUUUCUUCAAGGUUGUAGUCAGACACAGUAAGGUCUAAAGUGACAAGAAAAGCAAGGCAAAGAUAAAACUUGAAAUUGUGAUAAGAUGUCUGAGCCUAAAGUGACAGCUUGCAGAAAACUUUUGGGAUUACACAUGCUCAUCCUGUCCUGGAUAUGACUGAAUACAAGCUAGUUUUUCUCUAGUGACAGCUUGAAAAACCCCUCAAGAUUAUGUUUCUCUUCCUUGUUGCUUUUUUGCCAGUGGUUUUUAAAAUUGGUUUUGUCAGCCUCUCAGCUCUGCAGCACUGGAACUGUCCUAAUGGAUACAGAUUAAAGCCUGAAAACUCUGCUUGUGUAGAUAUUGAUGAGUGCCUUGAAGGUGGUUUGGGAACCUGUGGCCAAACCUGUAUCAAUAUUCCAGGGUCGUACAUCUGCUCCUGUUUGCCCGGUUACUCCUUGGGUAUUGACAAGCAGUCUUGCUAUGUGAACGAUCCAGCACCAUUCCUGCUUUUUAGCCGUGGAAAUGCCAUCUUUAGAAUUGACACUGAAGGGACAAAUCAUGAAAGAUUGGUUUCUGAUACUGGCCCAUCAACACUUUUGGAUUUUCAUUAUAUAGAAGAGAAAGUGUAUUGGGUUGACUCUGAAAGGCGACUACUUCAAAGAAUUAAUCUAAAUGGCACAAAACGAGAGAGACUAUGUUACAUAGACAAAGGCAUUUCAGGCUUUGCUAUUGACUGGAUAAAUCAAGACAUUCUCUGGGCCAACAGACAGAAAGGAACCAUAGAAGCAACUGACAUGAAUGGGAAGAAACGCCGAGUUCUUCUAAGAGCUGUUGGCCGUCCCACAAGGAUUACCAUUGAUGCUGAACAAAGGCUGUUAUUUAUGUCUUCAGAUGGUACAGUUUCCAGCAUACAUCGAGUGUCCCUCAGUGGAAGUGAUAUGAUAAAUAUUUUGAAAACUACAGAAAAAAUAAAGGCCAUCUCACUAGAUUUGCUUGACACAAAGCUCUACUGGAUCCAACAUGACCACGGAAAAGAGAUGUCCCAUAUUGGAUCAUGUGACUAUGAUGGUGGAGGUGUUCAUUUCCUCAGAAAUUCUGUCCGACAUCAGUUGCUUGGUAUGUCUCUCUUUGCUGAGCACCUGUACUACUCAGACUUGAAGUCUGGCAUGAUAUGGAGAGCCAACAAAUAUACUGGAAAAGUUGUAGUCACAAUUAGCCUGAAGCCAUCAUUUUUCCCACCGGUGGAGAUAAAAAUAGUACAUCCAUUUAAGCAGCCAGGUGCAAGGAUUGAUUCUCAGGAUUUGGAAAAAGGAAUCUGUGAUUUGAACAGAGAAAAGUGCAGAAGAAGAAUCUGCAGGCCAGACUCAAGGACACAUCGGUGUAAAUGUUCUAGUGGGUUUAUUUUAAGUCGAAAUAAACAGUUUUGUGAAGACAUUAAUGAAUGUGGCUUCUGGAAUCAUGGCUGCACUUUAGGCUGUGUGAACAUCCCUGGUUCCUAUUACUGCACCUGCCCAAGAGGCUUUGUUCUGCUGCCUGAUAGGAAAACGUGUCAUGAGAUAAUUACCUGUACAAGUAAUGACAACGAAUGUAGUCACGGCUGCCUUCAGACAUCUAAAGGCCCUGUUUGCUUUUGCCCAGAAGGAUCUGUACUCAACGUGGAUGGCAAAACAUGCACAGGUUGCACAUCUCCAGAUAAUGGUGGCUGCAGUCAGAUAUGCUCUUCUUUAAGCCCAUCCUCCUGGGAGUGUGCUUGUUUUCCUGGAUAUAAGCUUCAGCGAGACAGAAAGCACUGCACUGCUAUAGGUCCUAAGCCAUUUUUGUUAUUUGCAAAUGGCCAAGAUAUCCGCCAGAUCAGUUUUGAUGGAGCAGAUUACACAAGUUUACUUGACUGGCAGAUGGGAGUAGUCUUAGCACUGGACUCUGACCCGGUGGAAAAUAAGAUUUACUUUGCCCACACUGCCUUGAAAUGGAUAGAACGGGCGAAUCUGGAUGGUUCAGAUCGUGAAAAGGUUGUUCAUGGAGCUAUAGAUACACCCGAAGGCCUUGCUGUGGACUGGAUUAACCGUAAAUUGUACUGGACAGACAGAGGGAAGGUGUGCAUUGAAAGGAGCAAUCUGAAUGGAAUGCAAAGAAAAAUGAUCAUCUGGGAGGAUCUCUCCCAGCCCCGAGGGAUUGCCAUCCACCCAUUUGCUAAGAGAUUAUUCUGGACUGACAUGGGGGUCAAUCCGCGGAUUGACAGCUCUUCGUUAGAAGGCUUCGAUCGCCGGGUGGUAGCCAGCUCUGGCCUGGUGUGGCCCAGUGGAAUAGCUCUCGACUACUUGGCUGACAAGUUGUACUGGUGUGAUGCUAAACAGGCCGUGGUGGAGAGCGCAAACCUGGAUGGUUCUGGUCGUCAGAUUCUUGCACAGAAUGAUGUAGGCCACCCUUUUGCUGUGGCGGUGUUUGAGGACCACCUGUGGUUUUCUGACUGGGCUAGGCCAUCACUAGUGAGGGUGGACAAGAAGACCGGCCAAAACAGGGUACGUCUUCGAGGCAGCAUGCUGAGACCCUCAUCAGUGGUUGUAGUUCAUCCUUUGGCGAAACCAGGGGCAAAUCCUUGCCUUUAUGAGAAUGGAGGCUGCGAUCAGAUCUGUGAAAACAGUUUUGGAAUUGUCCACUGCAAGUGCCAUCCAGGAUUUGGGAAAACUCAAGAUGGAAAAUCCUGUCAUGCUCUGGAUUCUUCCAACUCAACAGCAGGAAGUGUCUCUGUGCACAAGGAGGUAAUGCCAAUGCCACCACCAGAGACUGUACUCCAGAGCACACGGAGCACUAGUAUUUUUAAGGAUGCAGACAAUGGGAAAAAACAGAAAAUAAAAUUUUUUACAGCUGAAAUAAUGGUAUCAGAUGAAGAUGACUGCACUGCACUAGAAUGUUAUGUCAAUGCAGAGUGUGUUUUGCUGGAAGAUGGUGCUAUGUGCCAGUGUUUGAAAGGAUUUACCAGGAAGGGGAAAUCAUGCUAUGACGUGGACGAGUGCGCUGUGCACAUGGACCGCUGCAAUCGAAGCGUGGCCGACUGCAUCAACACGGAGGGGGGCUACGUCUGCAAGUGCCUGGAAGGCUACACUGGAGAUGGAGUCCAUUGCUAUGAUAUUGAUGAGUGCAAGACGGGGUCCCACACCUGUGGAGAGAACAUGACCUGCACAAAUACAGAAGGAAACUUCACUUGCUCUUGUGCUGAUCAUGCUUCUGGAACUGGCGUCGGUUGCAAAUCUACUGUUCCCCCAGCUGCUGCCAGCAAUGAGUACACUACAAAGGCUGUGCAAGGUGAUUUUGUAGGAUGCCCUCCUUCGUACGAGUCAUACUGCCUCCAUGGUGGAGUGUGCAAUUAUGUUUCUGACCUACAAGACUAUGCCUGCAACUGUGUGACGGGCUACGUGGGGGAGCGCUGCCAGUUCAGCGACCUGGAGUGGUGGGAGCAGCGGCGCGCCGGGCGGGCGAAGGUGCGGAGCAUCGCCAUCACCGCGGGCGCCGCCGGGCUGGCCCUGCUGCUGCUGCUGCUGGCUGUCCUGGCUGCCUACUGCCGCAGAACUCAGAAUUUGUAUAAGAAGAAUCUCUGUGCAGAAGCGAUAAGAGCUGCCAGCAGCCGUGCUGACAACGAGAGCGUAACACCUACUGGCAACAAGUCUCUGUUUGCGGUUUUUAAGGAGGGUAACAGUUCUCUGGAGAAUAAAGCAGUUGAUCUAAUUGAAUGUGAGACAGCAGAUCCUCAUCCUGCCUGUCCAUCAGAAUCUGAGGAAGAGCAGCCUGUAACAUAUGACAAAGCAGCAGAGACUUUGGCAGAAGAGGAGAAAGAACAAGGCCACCGAAAAGAGGGUCCUGUUGGUGAGAAAUCGUGCCAGCCGAUGGCAGCAGUGAAAGUCCCUCCCCAGGCUCCCUGGAGCAUCCAUCCCAAUCCCCUGCCAGAAAGGGAGCCUUGCAAUCUUGCCCCAGACAGCUUGCUGAUGCAGCCAGACUAGAAGCAGUCUGUGUUUGAAUGGGAAAAGGAGGAAGUCAGCAAAGGAUGGGAACUCACAAGCACUGAAGCAACACUCUUUUCUUUUUUUCCUUCAUUAAAGUCUGCUUUAGAGAAAAAACACCAUUAUUCAGAACAAAACAGUCCUUGCCACUCCUUUCCUGUCAUCUCUGCUUGGAAGAAUUAGUGUGAGCAAUGUGUUGGCAGUGAGUACUCUAUAAGUAUCACUGCUGCUGAUUUCAUUACCUGCCUGCUAAAAGGUCACUGGGAGGAAGAUAGUCAAGUGGGUGAUUUAUCAGUGAUAAGUAUUUUCUAAGGGAACUUGUUGCAAGUAGUGAUCUUUACACAAACAGAGUUUAGAAACUGCCUAGAAAAUGGAGCACAAGGACAGCUGCAGAGAAAGAGAAAUUGAGGAUAACGCAGAAAAAAUCAAUUCAAAAUGCUCUUACUAUUAAAAGUUUUUUACGGAUGCUAUUUACCUCCCCCCAAUGCUGCUGAAAGACCAGUGUAACUUCUUGGAUUCCACCUGAGAUGUUCUUGUGUCUAGCAAACACCAAAUAGGAUCUUGCAUUUCUCAUGUUUUGGAGGAUGGUUUGCAGGCAUAGGUUAUUAAUGAUGGGUCGCUUUUGAGGGAAAAGGUGAUUCUUCCAUUUUUUUUUUUUUUUCCCAGCCUACACUGGUCCUUCAGAGCAUUGCAGGAUUAUAUUUGGGCUGAGGAAGUGGGUUUGUGUCUGCUUUCAGCCCUGCAGAGAGGCAUGUGCUGGAGCUGUCCUUGUCUUACAGAGGUGUGCCUGGCACCAAAACCUGGGCCAUUACAUAGGACUCAGUGUGAGGACAGAAGUUCAGCCAAUUGCUGUUCCAAAAAGACCAGGAGGAGUGGGACAAAAACACAAAAAAGCCACCUCAGUCUAGACUGACUUCCACUCAACUGAUUUGUGCUGCCUGUUGAAUGUGAGGGAACAAUUGGAAAACUGAACUAAUUUAUCUUGUAACUGGAUUUCUAACACCUAUCAGGUGAUUUACUCUCUUGUAAAGCGAGAUGCAGACAUGAGGCCAGUUGGUGAGAGCAUGGGGCCGGAUACACCAAGGUUGUGGGUUCAAUCCCUGUACGGGCCCUUCACUUUAGAGUUGAACUCGAUGAUCCUUGGGUGUCCCUUCCAACUCAGAACUUUCUGUGAUAGCAAGUGAUUUUCACCAACUUGUCUUGACUUCCUAAGGCUGUUUUCAGAAUGUUUCAGCUGAAUGAACAUCAGCUAAAUUACUAAUAAUGAUUUUAUUAUUUGUACAGGAUCUCUCAGUCCUCUGUUUUUGAAGCCUGCUGUUGUAACCUUUAAACUCUGCUAUGGUGCCCACCACUAAUGUUCCUUGUAACUCAUAAGAUUGAUAACAGUGGCAAAUAUUACUAAUUUGUGUGUUUACUACUCUGGUUUUCUGGGUUCUUUUUGAAUUCUGCCAGAAAAGUAUGGAAUGUUGUAAUUUCCUUUUACCAGCUCUGUAAGCCAAUAUGGGAAAGAGUAUUGAAAGGCUCUUGCCUCUUAUCCAAAAGAGUUACACACUGGAGUAACUUUGUGAAGUCAAUUUUAUUUUAUGUUAUUGAAACAGUAAUGACACUGAAUCCUGGUUUUGUAGAGGGUUGUCACUUAUUUAACUUCUAAAGUGAUUUGGAAUUGUUGAAUCUGUUUUCUAACCAUAUCAAUUCUGGAUUCAGAACAAACUUGUAAAAGACUCAUUUCCAAAGCUUAGUUGGAACUGCUAGCAGUGAAGGCUCAUUCUCUUGUGUGAAUGGUAAUGAGGGUACUUCCACAGAAAGAGAAAUAGUUGAGAGGUGUUGGCAUAUUAAACUCUGUUCAGGAGCAGGCAACAACUGUGUUGAAUCAUUAAGAUUUGAUAGAUUUGAUUUUAAGUUCAAUAUUGUUUAAUGUCACUAACAUUGUUCAAAGCAUCUAGUUUGGAUUCCCUGGUCUUUUGGUCACUGAUCUUCUGUAUUUUAAUGUGAAGUGAGUCCAGGUGUAAAGGCCCCAACUCAAAAAAGCAUUUUGUUCCCUCCCACAAGAGCUACCCAGUAAAAAGACUUUAGUCCCUGCACUUUGAGUUUCUCUGGUGAAGUGUGUUUGUGUGCUUAAAAUGAAAGUGUUGUGUCAAAUGACAGUCAACAUUUCCUUGGAAGCUUCCCCAGUCAAAAGAAAUAAAGAUUUGUAACUUUGAAUCUUUCCUGAAUAAAGAUGCUUCAGAUUCCUUAAAAAUUAGUUUGCUAUUCUAUCCUGGUUUGUUUUGUUUUGUUUUGUUUUUGUUGGGUUUUUUUUUGUUUACUUCGCUUUUCUUCCUUUUCUUCCAAGGAUCUAACUUUAAAUUUGAUAGUAUCCAUUACAGAAUAAGAUAGGGAAACCAAGCUGAUAUGUUUUUGUAAUUAGAGUGUUUGGAGUUUUAAAUAUUUCCUAAACACAGCUCUAAACUCAAAAUAAUCUUUAGUGUAAAAACUUGAAAUGAUGUUUCAAUAUAAAUAUAAUAUAUUUGGUUUAUUUGUAUGUUUAUAAAGUUAUUGAUUUAUAAAAUAAAUAAAAAAAAAUACCAGACAAAAA